AUGAAUGGAUCAAUUGUUGCUGUGGAUCGAACCUACAAACCAAAAGCAUUAUACAGUUUGUUAAAGGGAGCUGUGAAAGAAAAAUGUCUUUGUAUUACAGAGCCAGGCGUGGGUCGAGAACAAACAAACAUGACGUCUUGGGUGUUCCCCUUCCACAUCUUCCAUCGAUUUCAGAAAUUGGCACUUUUUUAUGCAACUUUUGUUAAAAUAAAUAAACCGUAUCAUUGUGAUAUCUGUGGUAAAUCAUUCUUUCAAAAUAGUGACUUAACAAAACACAUACGUAUUCAUACUGGGGAGAAACCGUAUCAUUGUGAUAUCUGUGGUAAAUCAUUCACUCAAAAUAGUGAGUUAACAAAACACGAGCAUGUUCAUACAGGAGAGAAGCCAUAUCGUUGUGAUAUCUGUGGUAAAUCAUUCUCUGAAAAUAGUGCCUUAACUGCACAUAAACGUAUUCACACAGGAGAGAAGCCAUUUCGUUGUGAUAUCUGUGGUAAAUCAUUCUCUGUAAGUAGUUCACUAACACAACACAAACAUAUCCAUACCGGAGAGAAGCCAUAUCGUUGUGAUAUCUGUGGUAAAUCAUAUUCUCACAGUAGUCACUUAGCAAGACACAAACAUACUCAUACAGGGGUGAAAGGAAAAGGGUAGUCUCUGUAGUUUCCUGUUUGCUAUAUUUGUUUAAUAUUCCUGUGUUUUAUGCAAUGGAAAUUAUGAUUAAAAUAUUUCCCAAAA